GGGCCUGCUGGUCAGACACUUCAUUCCCCUGAACGGCAUCUCGGACUGAAGACCUGCGCACGACACAACGAGAACUCCGACAAUGAUGCAAGGAAUUGCAGGUUACCAGUUCAACAACUGGGCCCAGACGUACAGCUCCAGCCCUGAACUCUUCUUUCAGCCAGCCAAUGCUGAGGAGGUCAAACAGAUUCUUGACUUGGCCCGCCAGAGGGGGAAGAGGGUGAAGGUCAUUGGGGGAGGCCACUCGCCCUCAGACAUCGCAUGUACCGGAGACUUCAUGAUUCAACUGGACAAGAUGAACAGGAUUUUAGAGGUUGAUGCAGAGAAGCGGCAGGUGACGGUGGAGGCUGGCAUCUUUUUGGGUGAUCUAAAUGAAGAACUAGCCCAGCAUGGCCUGGCCCUAUCCAACCUGGGAGCUGUGGGUGAAGUGUCGGCUGCUGGGAUUCUUGGGACUGGCACUCACAACACUGGCAUAGAACAUGGCAUCCUGCCAACCCAGGUGGUGGCCUUGACUCUGAUGACCGCCAGCGGUGAGAUUUUGCUCUGCUCCCACUCCGUGAAUGAGGAGAUCUUUCAGGCGGCCAGACUUCAUCUGGGGUGUCUGGGUGUCAUCCUGACUGUCACCUUCCAGUGCCAGGCGGCCUUUCGGCUUCUCGAGCAGCAGUUUCCAUCCACGCUGUCCGAGGUUUUGGACAAUUUGGAUCUCCAUCUGAAGAAGUCCGAGUAUUUCCGCUUUCUUUGGUUCCCACACACUGAAUACGUGAGGAUCAUCUAUCAAGACCGCACAGACAAGCCAGUCAUGAACAAGUCCAGCUGGCUUUGGAGCUAUGGCAUCGGCUACCACCUGCUGGAGUUUCUUCUGUGGAUCAGCACAUUCCUGCCACGUCUGCUUCCUUGGAUCAACUGGACCUUCUUCAAACUUCUCUUCAGCGACCGAGUGAGCCGCGUGGACCGCAGUGACAAGAUCUUCACGUACGAAUGUCUCUUCAAGCAGCACGUCCAGGACUGGUCCAUACCCAUAGGCCAGACGAAGGAGGCCCUCCUGCAGCUCAAGUCCUGGUUGGAGGGGAACCCAGCAGUAGUCGCCCACUACCCCGUGGAGGUGCGCUUCACCCAGGCGGACGCCAUCCUCUUGAGCCCAUGUUACCAGAGAGACAGCUGCUAUAUGAACAUCAUCAUGUACAGGCCGUAUGGAAAGGACGUCCAGCGGGAUGAAUACUGGAGCGCCUAUGAAGACAUCAUGAAGAAGGUUGGGGGAAGACCACACUGGGCAAAGGCUCACCGAUGUUCCCGUGAAGAUUUCCAGCGGAUGUACCCGAGCUUCCAGAAGUUCUGCUCCAUCCGAGAGACGCUCGAUCCAGCGGGGAUGUUCCUCAAUCCAUACCUGGAGAAAGUGUUCUUCUAAAUGAGCACAGAAAUGUCCGCAGUUAUCCAAAGUGCCAGGCGUUUUCUUUUUUACAAGGGUCUGACCAAAGUGCAAAGUGAAGCAAAUCCAAAGGUCAGACCCCUCCAUUGAUCCCGCUGAAUUUGGGGGCCUGAGGCUGUCGGCCCUCAUUCCAGGGUGUCCCGGCUGAUUGUUUAAAAGUUUGGUCA